UGGAAUGGUCCUAGAUCCAAAUUCCAAGCACCGAAUCCCAGAGUCAAAAAAAUACAAACACAAAAUCAUCUGGUUUCUAAAUCUACAUACGCUACUAAUCUACUAAAAGACACAUAUUAUCCCAGUGAUGUGAAACCUGUCACGUAAGAAGCUUGAACCUUUUGUCGCCCACUACAAAAGCCUAAGGCUGGAGCCAUGGGCAAGCCAACACCGGUUGAGGACCUGGUUAUCCCUCCUCAGGAUGGUAAGAUUUGUGGCACCAUCUGCAUCUGUCAGAUGACAGCUGUUCUCUCAUCAGUUGCCUUGGUUUACUUGACAGUUGCGAUUUACAUGCCCUUCACGCGAGCCUUCGCUUCAGGAAUCAGUGAAGUUCCUGCCAUGUGCACAACAACGAGGGCUGUCAAUGCUGAUAACUGUGAUUGGGGAAGUUGUGGUGAAUGGUGUCUAUCAAAGACAUCUGGUCCCUGCAUUCAAAUCCACGUGAAUUUGCGCAAAAAUGGCACCACAAUUAUGUUAGCAAACUGCACAAACACGACCAAUAAAACCUGCUAUGGAAUCGAUCAAGAAGCAGCCAAAAAAUCAAAGUGUAUUGCUGAUGAAUGCAGAAAUCUUACAGGCACCUUUAAUUGUACAGCUGGUACUUGUAUCAAUAUCACAGAUGCGUUCGAGUGCAUGUUUCGCGAUACAGAUCCACCUCUCAAGUGUUCUGGUAGAAGGGGGAAGAUAACUUGUAUAGACAUAGAUGGUUUGUUCACUUGUAAUCGAGGGAUUUGUGAAAAAAUUAGGACACCUUACAAUUGUGAUCGACGGUGUGUCGAUAUACCGACGAGAAAUAAGAAUAUGAUUUUGUUAAGUGGGGAUAAAGUUUACUUAAGUCAGUGUGAAAGUGCUUUUGAGGAAGAGACAGGGAAGGAGAUAUGGAAUGAAAACAGGGGGGAUGUGAUGAUGGCGAGUUGUUAUGGAAUUUAUAAUGGUAGUUUGGGAGUCCAGGCUGUUGACUGCAUCAACGGAUCUGUAUUGGAGAAGGACCUCCUGACGGAUUUAACGAAUUUCACAUAUUUGUCUUAUUUGAACAUUUUUGCCACAAAGCCUCUGGAUGAGACGAGGAAGGUCCUGCCACCUGAGCAAGAUUUGAUUAUUGCAAAUGAGAGUAGAUUGUUGAUAAAUUUGGAAGGUUGCGUUAAUACUUUGAUGGAUGAGUGCAAGGCAUUUUUGAUGGAUUAUGGAAAAGAUGGAUCGGAUCAUAACGCGAGGGCUAGGUUUCCUUGUUUUUACGCUGAAGAUAAGACGGAAGUGGUCGUUUCGAGGUUUGAUCUGGAGACCACUCAGAGAGAAUUUGUGGUUGCCUUAGUGCUGCCAAGCGUUUUGUUUGUGGUCAGCUGUCUCACUUUGAUUCUCUGCCAACGCACGGUGGUUGUUGGGGAUGAUGCAAAAAUGAGGUUUAAGGGCACUCCGGGGGCAUUGGCUGCUAUGGCAAUAGAAAAAAGCGCUUCCGGAAAUAUUGGAGAUGCAGGGGGAGGAGAUUCAGUCAUGGCACUCUGAGAUCCGUCACGCAUUCCCCUCCUGGAGGAGAGUCCGGCUCGACAGUCGAUUUUCUCUCUACGCGGCCACUAUUAAAGUGUGAGAAGGGGGGGAACGCGUGGUUCAAAUUCAUAUGUAUUAACGACA